GAGUUUAUCCGGGGAGGAGAGAGGGGGGGGCCUUGUUGAAUUUGCGAUAGUGGCGCGUUAGCGAGGGCAGGGGCUGGGUCGGCGCCUUGGCUCGAUAUCUCGAACGCGCCCGUGACAUCCACACGUACAGUUGAUGGUGCCUUCCUAAAAAUAAAGUUGAGUGCCAACGGCACCCCGUGCCCUCCUCCUCCUCUGCCCGCUCCUCCCAGUGGACGCGGGCACACGAGAAUUCCCUUUCCAGACAGCUCUGCUUGCAGUCCCCGGCACUCCCUAAGACCCACACUUGCCCUGGCACCAGCUGGUCUGGCACCAGCCACCACCCCCGGUCGCUGCUCGCACCCUUCACAGUAUCUCGGACCCCGCGGGGCAGCUUCCAAAUUUGCUCUGGGCAGAGCGGGCGCGUCGGGGAUGAGAGGCGUAAACAGACGUGAUAUAGGUGGCACACGUGGUUUAACAGAUAGUAAUAGAUAGUGCCGACGUAUAUAGGUGUAACAGAUAGUGCAGAUAGAUAACACAGAUGUAGGUACUUGCAUGUAGUACCGGUGUGUAUUGGUAUGUUAUAGUGACCGACACGAAAUGAGUGGCGUAUUCGUAGUUUGCCGAUAUAAUCGUAGUUCGUACGGUGUUGAGGUGUGAUGAUAAUGAUGAUAAGUUAUGGGCGCACACUGAGGAUCGGACGCACACAGGCUCUUUCAGACAAACAUGCACAGUGCGGCAGCAACACGAGAGAGAUGCGCAAUAUUGACACGUGCAAAUUGACAUACGCAGGUACAAAUACGCAGGGACGCAGACCAACACAAACAUCGUCCAGAUCAACUCGCUAAAAGAUAAAGAUCCCCCGUAUUACUGUAUAGCCUCUUAACAAACUUUUGUAGCUAGUGCUGUUAAGCGAGCACUCGCUAAAACAGACACACAGAAAAAAUAGACAGACAAGCAUCAACACAGACAAACACAGCAGCGCGCGCGCACACACACACAGGGCCAAUGUUAUCCCGGCUCAGAGGCUCAUCAGCGAGCCGCAGAGAAACCCAGCCGCAGCAGGAGGAUGAGGCUGAGCGGUUGCCCGCUGCCCGGGCGCUUGCUCGGCUCUACCGCCAGCACGUGCUGCCCAUCGAGCGCCGCUACGGCUUCCACGUGGCGUAUCGCGCCGCCGAGCUGCGCGACGCAGAGUUCGACUCCCCGCCCACGGUGCUGCUCCUGGGCGCGCCGGCCGCGGGCAAGACCAGUCUGCUGCGCUACCUGCUGGGCGGCCCCAGCUCCCAGCAGCAGCAGUUUCUGCAGCAGCUGCAGCAGGGAGUGUUGCAGCCGGGCAGCGCCACGACCUCCGUGACCAUCGUGCAGCACGGCGAGGCACCGGGGAGCGUGACGCCUGGGCACGCCUUGGUGCUGGAGGCGAACUCGGCUUUCGCGGGCUUGGCGGCGUUCGGCAGCGCGGCUAUGUCCAGGGUGGUGCGUGUGCAGUUGCCGUGUCCCAUUCUGGAGAGCGUCACCUUUGUGGACACACCUGGCAUUCCCAACGAUGAGAUCGCCACAGGGCAGCACGGCUCGACGCCGCUGCCUGGCGGCUACGGCGGGCUCCUGGCGUGGCUUUGCGAGCGCGCGGAUCGCGUGGCGCUCGUGUGCGACGCCCCGCGUCCCUCGGUGUCGGAGCGCGGUGCCCUGGCCACGGCGCUGCGCUCGCUGCGCCGCCACCUGCACCCGCACAAGCUUCGCGUUCUGCUGCUGCGCGCCGACGAGCUGGGCGAGCCGGGCUCCCUGCUCCGCGCUCACGGGGCCCUCUGCUGGAGCCUGGGUCGCCUCCUCGGCCGAGGUCAUCCGCAACAGCAGCAGCAGCAGCAGAAGACGAGACAGGGCCAUCAGAUGACGCUGGUGUCGCCACCGCGUGUGUACGCGGCCGCGUUCCGGGACGGGCCCCUGCGCUGGGACUGGAACCGGGAUCUCCUGGAGGUGAACGAGAGGGACUUCAUGAAUGACCUGCGGAGCCUCCCGCGGCUCGCGCCCCUGCGCCGGCUCAACGACGUCAUCGCCAGGGCGCGCCUCGCCAGGGCCCACGCGUGCAUCGUAAGCGCCCUGCACUCCCAGCUGCCCCUGUUUGGUCGCCGGGCGGCCCUGACGGAGCUGGUGGCGCAGGGAGGCCUGGCGCCGGUGCUGGAGGUGGCGCAGCAGCGGUGGGGGUUGCCAGUGGGAGACAGGCCUGAGAUGGAGCCUAUGCAGGAGUGGCUCAUGCACUGCGACAUGAGCUUCAUCCGCCCCAUGGAGCGUCGUCUGCUGGCCGCCGUCGACACUCUCCUCCAGCGCGACGCUCCGGCGCUGCUCUCCCGCUUCCGCAGUGAAGCCUCCUCCUGCACCUCCUCAUCGUCGUCGUCAUCCAGACGUCCUCGCCCCUCCCUCCUGCUGCUGCCGGGCGGCCAAGCCCUGCCCGCGUCGUCCCUGGGACCAUUCGCCGAGGACCUGGGAUUCGUGUCCGCGACGUCUCCCACCUGCGGCGACGACGACGGCGACGGCGACGACGACGCCUCGUCGCCUGCGCCAUGGGCGCUCUCGGAGGAGAAGGCGCUGUACGAGGAGCUGUUCCGCUCGCUGUCACCCGUGCGGGGCCGCGUGUCGGGAGCAAGCGCGCGACUCGUGCUGCUGCGCUCGCGGUUGCCCGCGUGCGCGCUGCGCCGCGUGUGGCGCCUGUCCGACGUGGACGCCGACGGCAUGCUCGACUCCGACGAGUUCACCGUCGCCAACCACCUGGUAGCGGCGGCGCUGCGAGGGCACGAGCUGCCCCGCGAGCUGCCCCCGCACCUCGUGCCGCCCUCCAAGCGCGAUCGCGGCCGGGGGCAUCGGGCGGCGGCGGCGGCGGCGGCGGCGGCGGGGGUCGGCGAGCGGGGGGACUCGGGAGCCCCCGCCGAUUGCGGCGUCGGGCAGAGCGAGCGGCCGGCGGAGUGAUCGGCCGCUGGCGUUUGUGCCGUGCUUGUGCGCGCCGCGUUACGUGAACGAUGUGACGCUGGAGGUGGCGACGGCGGCAGCGGUCGGCGUGGAGGUCAAAGCACCGAGUCGGCACCGCUGAGAGCCUGGGUUUGAAUUUGCGUUUCAGCCGGGUCACCGAUGAAUCGCAGAGAGGCCUGUAUGCUCGCAUAGAGACCCCGACAGUUACAUAGACUGAGUAGUGGUUGGUGGUUUAAGCUCGGUCACCAACAACUCUCCAAUGUAAAUCUGUAACGUGAAAUCUGUUUCUGCUCUUAAUGUGGCUAAUUUCCAACUGUGGGAAAUAAAAUACUGUAUCGGUUUGGGUGUCGACUAUCAUGCGUAUAACAUUACUCUGCUGCCCUCUACAUUGAUAUCACAGCAGUAGUUCUGUAAUAUCCACUUCCGUUGGCCGUUCUGUAAUGCAGGGGGGGUUGCACUGCGUUGAAACAAAUUCAAAUGGAUAAUUCGUCUAAUGAUGCCAUUGGCACGUGUGUCAUCAGCCAUGGUUUAUCCACUGCUGGAUGAAGGUAUCCACAUGCUGUUGCCAUCCCACAUUAAUUCGCAGGAACAACAUCCCCUUGGAUAUUAUUCCUUCUUUAAAGGUCUACUUUUUAAAUGAUUUUAUUAUCAAGCCUAUCUGGACAGGGAGCUCUGUUGUUAGAGCGCUAGACUCGCAAUAAAAAGUUUCCGAAUUCAAAUCCUAGCAUCAACAUCAUUAUCAACAUCAUUAUCACCAUCAAUAUCAUCAAUAUUAAAAAGAGAGAACACCAUUUUAUAGAAAGUCACCUGAGUCCUCAGGGAAAAACUGCUACCGUCAUAGGAAUGCGGAAUAAUCAUCAACUGAAGUGACCAUCGUCAAUGAGGACACUGUGAGAUGAUUAAACACAAACUUGUCACCUUCAGCAACGGGAGUUUAGACGCUUUACAGAUUUGUAUCAUGCGUGUACACCAUCGCCAGAGUAGCUGCAGAACUCUUACUGUGACCUCUACGUGUGCAAUAUAUAACACAUGUAAAUGUCGGCUUCUGUGAGUGUAAUAAACACAAAACGAAAUGAAAUAAAGAUCUGUCAAGAUUUA